CCGGGCAGGCUGCCGCCGCCAAUCUCUCUCCAUCCGGCAGCAGCCAAUGGGCGAGCAGCGAGCCCCCCCGAAAUCCAGUCCCUCAACCCUCACACUGUCUGUUACUGACUGUCAAUCCUUCAGGUUCUGGGUCCUCUCUUCUUUUUUUGUUUUUUUCCCUUUUGUCCUUUCCCUCUUUCUCACUCAGUCACUCUCUCUGUCUGUCUGUUUUUCCUCAUCCUCUCCUUCACCUCCUACUCUCCUUUUCCCUUUUCGUCCACUCUCUACUAUUUUCCCUUUUUCUUGCUUUUUCCCUGUCAGCUUAGUCCAGUCGUUCCUUCUUUUUCCUUUUCUGUGUUGUCCUAUUCGGCCUUGUUGUCGGACUUAUACCUUCCUUGAUCCUGCCUUUCGUUCCCCUCCUCUUUCUUUCCUCUCACUCUCAUUGCUACAUCGCAUUUCCUUUUUUCCCUGUGAACUCCACUUGGCUGCAAGUAUACCUACUUCAGUCCCAUCAUUCCCUACCGCCGCCUUAAUCCCUUCCCUCCUCCUCCUGCUUUAAGUCCUUAUCUUCCCGCCCCUCCUCCUGGCUUUGAGUCCAAGCAACCCUCAGCGAUCCAAUCGUUCAAUGGUCUAGAGUUGCCUCAUCACUGCUGCGGCUUGUUGGCAGCAACUUGUCCAGUACCU